CAGGAAAUUCCAGAUCAAAAAAAAUAUGGACCCUCAUCCGUUUCCCUCACAAACAACAUUACACCGUACACAAUGGGAAAGCGAGCGAUUGCAGAAGUUGUCGCCGAGGACCCGGUCGCAGUGAGCUCCGAUUCCUUGUCGAGGAAGAAGAGUCGCAAAGACAAGAGCGAAAAAUCUAAAAAGCGCUCUGCCGGCGAAGAAAUUGAACCAGCCGCCAAUGGUUCAGUCGAGGACGAGGUAGAAGACGAGGCCUCCAAGGCUGAGCGCAAAGCUGCUAAGAAGGCGAAGAAGGAGGCAAAAGAAUCGAAGAAGGCCAAAAAGGCGAAGAAAGCGCUGGCUGAGGAUGCUUCAGAAUCAGAUGAGGCCGCCGCAAAGGCAGCCAGGAAGGCAGCCCGUAAGGCGGAGAAGAAGAAACUGAAGAACUUGGAGAAGGGAGAAUCGACUGCAGACGAUACUACUGCCGCGUCGUCUAAGGUCGUGUCCGAGGCGACUUCAGCAGCAACUUCCAAACCAGAGUCUCCGAUCACAAGCCCAGAAUCUCUUGUGGACACGUCGAGUGGCUACAGUGAGCACCCCGAGCUCACCAACCUUCCUCAGUCGCAGAUCGAUUCUUUCCUAACCUCCAAGUUUGUUACCAUCGACGACCCGCUACCAGCUGCACGAAAGCUCCGCCCGAUCAUCGAUUUCAAGUACCUUCCUGUGGCUAAUGAAGCCAUGCGAGCGCCCUUUGCUUCUUUCUCGGCGCCCACACCUAUACAAGCCGCAACAUGGCCAGCUCUUCUGUCCGGCAGAGACAUGAUUGGAGUGGCAGAGACUGGAUCAGGAAAGACUCUAGCGUUCGGAGUUCCCUGCAUCCGAGCCAUUUCAGCUCUCCCAAAGAAGGAGCAGCGCGGUGUCAAGGCGGUGAUCGUCUCGCCUACACGCGAGUUGGCGUCACAGAUCCACGAGCAAUUGGUCAAGAUGGCCACCCCGGCGAAUCUCGAGGUCGUCUGCGUCUACGGAGGCGUUCCCAAAGACCCACAGAUCAAGGCCCUUCGUACGGCACACAUUGUAGUCGCUACACCCGGACGGUUGAAUGACCUGAUCGGCGACGGAUUGGCGGACAUAAGCAAAGCAGAAUACGUCGUUUUGGAUGAAGCAGAUCGUAUGCUUGACAAGGGUUUCGAGGAGGCCAUUCGCCAGAUCAUCCAGUGCACGCCAUCUAAGAGACAGACGCUCAUGUUCACGGCGACCUGGCCGGAGUCUGUCCGCAAAUUGGCCUCUACUUUCAUGCAAUCGCCGGUCAAGAUCAACAUCGGCGAGAACACUACAGGCGAACUACGCGCCAACGUUCGCAUCAAGCAGAUCGUCGAAGUCAUGGACGGAAAGGACAAGAACUUCCGCCUCUUGCAAGCACUCAAACAAUACCAAUCCGGCAAGAACAAGGAUGAUCGAAUCCUAGUUUUCUGCCUCUACAAGAAGGAGGCUACGCGUGUGGAGGACUUCAUCCGCCAGAGGGGUUUCCGCGUUGCAGGCAUUCAUGGUGAUCUGAGCCAGGAGAAGCGAACGGCAUCUCUAGAGGCUUUCAAGAAGGGUGCAGUUUCCCUACUCGUAGCAACUGAUGUGGCCGCCCGGUAUGACCAAUAACACCUAUCUGUGAAGUACCGAGACUAACUUUCCUUCCAGUGGAUUGGACAUUCCUGACGUCAAGGUUGUCAUAAACGUCACCUUCCCGCUGACCGCAGAAGAUUACGUCCACCGCAUUGGACGUACUGGACGUGCAGGCAAGGAUGGUCUUGCAUUGACAUUCUUCACCGAGGCCGACAAGGGUCUAUCCGGAGCGUAAGUC